UUAAUAAAAUGUUUUGUCAAAUUUAUUUAUAGCACAGACCCUCAAAUCCCUCAUCUCAUUAUGCUAGUUCUCAGGAUUACAUAGACAUUGUGGAUAGUGAAGAUGAAGAAUUGGAGAGGGCCAUCCAAGCUAGCAUGGUGGAAUUUGAACAGAAAAAAACUUCAGCUGCAAUAAACCAAUGUAAAACAGGAAUGGAUGAUGUAGCAGGAUUUUGGAAGCUAGUUGCAGCAAACUCUACACAGUUUAGAUCUCUGUUUUGUCACCAAUGUUUACCGUUAACCAAGGAAAAAUUUGAGUCCCUCCUCAAGAUAAAUUUUUCUGACGAGGGAUCAAACAAAAGAUCACAAGAGGAAGACACAGUAUAUUCCUGGGAGUUAUUCUUGCAGGAUGUUAGUGAUGGAAAUAUUCAAGCCACACUGGAAGAACUCCUCUCUUUCAUCACAGGAGCGGAUCAGGUCCCACCCACUGGGUUCCCAAAAUGCAUAGAUAUUAUAUUCUAUGCUAGUGAGAUCGGUGUGAAAAGAUUACCACAUGCCUCUACCUGUUCCUUAGAAUUUUACUUACCACGAGGUGUUAGUGAUCCAAACACAUUUAGAGACAUGAUGUUAAUGUCGUUGAAAGAGUCAAUGGGAUUUGAGAAAAUAUAAAUGUUCAGAAAGUCUUGGAUGCACAUUAUACACUACAGUCCAGGAAUAGUUAUACACAUGGAAGAUAGGCCUUGUAAAUUUAUACAAUGAAGUGAAUGUACACAUAAGCUGUUCUGUUAGCAUCAGCAGAAUAACUUUUACAUACCAAAAUUAAAAAUUAGCAGUUUCAACAAAGGUAGCACAUAUAGCAAUUUUAAAUUUGUAUUGAGAACAAACUGCAGAAUGUUAUACUUGCAACAAUGUUUUUAAUUUGAACAACUUUCUUAAAUUACCAAGUCCGACUUACAGAUGCAAACAUUUUUUUUAUUGUUAGUGUUCAUCUUUUCAAUGGAGCAUUUGGAAAAAAAAAAUGUUUUGAAAUGCACCUUUGCUCAAAUUGUCACUUAUUUCAAUGAAGUUACUGUUGUUUUUUUUUUUUUAAAGAAGUCUUUGUUACAUAAUUUAAGCUUUGUAGAAAAUGUCUUCUAUGUGAAUGCCCUCCAAUCAUUUUUUCUUAUACAGAUAGAAAAUACCAGUAUGCUGUAAUUUGUUGUUAGCAUGAACACAAUUAUUUAGAUAAAUAUAAACAUAAAAGAAGUUCAUUUGUACUUGUAUUUUUACAGAAACAAAAAAUUGUGAUAUUUUGAAUGAUCAUCUGUGUUUGAUAUGUUUACCCUAUUUUAAGAAGCAUUGUAUAAUAGACAUGUCAAUUGUUUGGCAUUAUAUUACAAUAUCAACUACAUGGUUUACA